UCAUGAGAACUCAUGAUCACAUCUUUGCUAGCCGCCCUCCUAUGAAGGCUGCUAAGAUCCUUUUGUGCGAUGGCAGAGACGUCGGAUUUGCACCAUACGGUGAGUGCUGGAGGUAUGCAAAGAAGGUUUGCAUCAUCCACCUCCUUAGCAAUAAAAAGGUGCAAUCGUUUCGGCUUGCGAGGGAAGAAGAAGUAGCCCUUAUGAUCCGGAACAUCUCUCGAGCUUCUCUUACGCCCGAUCCUCUGAACGUAAGUGAGAUCUUGCAUGCCUUCGCAUGUGAUAUGCUCUGCAGAGUUGUUUCAGGGAAAUCCUUUAGAGAAGGAAGGAACAAACUGUUUCGCGAGUUGCUAAAGGAGAGUUCUGCCCUGCUUGGAGAGUUUCGUUUGGAGGACUACUUCCCUUCGUUGGCAUGGAUGGACGUGUUCUUGGGGAUGAGCGUGAGGGCCAGGAGAAUUGCUGAGAGAUGGAGUGGUGUUCUUGACGAGGUGAUCAAGGAACACGCAGAUCAAGUGAAGGAUGAGAAGCAUGAGGAGGACUUUGUGGAUGUGUUGUUGUCUCUUCAGAAGGAUCCCGGUGCGGACUUGGCCCUCACAAAAGAAGAUAUCAAGGCGCUCUUAGAGGAUAUGUUUGGUGCGGGAAUUGAUACAUCUUACAUAGUUCUAGAAUGGGCCAUGGUAGAGCUUGUUCGGAACUCACAAGUGAUGGAGAAACUACAAGAUGAGGUUCGAAUAAUAGCUGCAGGAAAAGGCUUGGUCAGAGAAGAGGAUUUGGGUGAGGUGAGCUAUUUAAAGUAUGUGAUAAAAGAAGUUUUACGGCUGCACCCUCCUGCUCCAUUAUUGCUUCCGAGAGAAACGAUGGAUGAUUGUCGCAUAGAGGGCUAUGAAAUUCCUAGGAAAACAAGAGUAAUUGUGAAUGGCUGGGCCAUUGGUAGAGAUCCCAAAUUUUGGGAGGCACCUGAAGAGUUCCGACCUGAGAGAUUUAUGGAUAAUAAGAUUGAUUUCAAGGGGAAUGACUUUCAAUUCAUUCCAUUUGGGUCUGGUCGGAGGAUGUGCCCUGGCAUGAACUUUGCUAUUUCUACUGUGGAGCUUGCACUGGCAAAUCUGAUGCAUUGUUUUGACUGGGAGUUGCCACAUGGCAUAAGAAGGGAGGACCUAGAUAUGACUGAAGCUCUUGGAAUUACAACGCCAAGAAAACAAAGACUUCACCUAGUUGCAAAACCAUGUGGCUACUACAAUGACCUAUGAAUAAUGAUCAGUUCCACUAAGAAUAAGUGCUGGUUCUUAUAAUAAUAAAUAAUAAUGACUUCUGUGUUUCU